AUGAAAAGGACUAGUGUACCCCUCCAAGGCCCCUCGGCUCCUGCCGUGGCUUCUUCGUGGCUUUGCUCUAUCUUCUCAGGGCCAGUCCAGGACCACAAGCCAGCCCCGCAGCCGCCGGCCCAGCCCUCAAGCCCUUCCCACGCUCAGCUCCUGAUGAGUAACAGCAGUCUCCACACGUUUGAGGACCAAGUCCUCUGUCCCAUCUGCCUGGAGGUGUUCCGCAACCCGGUCACCACCACCUGCGGGCACAACUUCUGCAUGGCCUGCCUCCAAGGUUUCUGGGACCACCUGGCUACCGUGGGCGAGACACUGUACUGCCCCCAGUGCCGGGAGAGCUUCCCCUCCAGACCGCGCCUCUGCAAGAACGGCAUCCUGGAGGAGAUGGUGACCUGCUUGGCCCAGGUCAAGGGCCAGACCUUGGGGUCCUCACGGCCCCUGGCCGGGCCCAGGGACGUGCCCUGCGACUUCUGUUCCGCCCAGAAGCUCAAGUCAGUCAAGUCGUGUCUGCAGUGCAUGGCCUCCCUGUGCGAGAAGCACCUGAGCAGCCACUUCGAGGACCAGAUGUUCCAGGACCACGAGCUGCUGGAGCCCGUGUGGGAUCUCAAGAGCCGCCUGUGCCGGAAGCAUCGCAAACUGCGGCGGCUGUACUGCCGCACGGAAGGCAGCUGCGUGUGCGGAGCCUGUCUGCUGGAGGAACACAAGAACCACGACACCAUCCCCCUGGAGGAGGAACGUGCCAGGAAGGAGGUGGAGGUUCGGAAGGUCCAGGCCAGCGUGGAAAACCAGAUGCUGAUCAUCAACUCUGACAGCCAGAGGCACCGGGGGCAGGUGGCCUUUCUCUCGAAAUUGAUCCAGACAACACGCGAUGAGGUGAACGCCUGCUUCUCAGAGAUCAUCCAGGAGGUCAGACAGCUGCAGAUGAAGGUCUUGGAUUUCGUCGAGAAAGAGGAGGCAGCCGCUCUGGGGAAGCUGGGCAGCUCCAUCCAGCAGAGCCACAACCGGCUCCUGAAGCUGGAGGGGGACAGCAUCUGGCUCCGCGCCCUGCUCGCCAACAGGAGCGACCAGCAAUUCCUGCAGGAGUUCCCCAGACUGAAGCACUUUCCCGCCUGCUCGGAAGCCCUGAUGAGCACCAACUGUGAGGAGAAGCAGAGCUUUCUCCAGUUGCCGGAGACCCUGGCGGAGCUCCGGACGCGGCUGCUGGACGUGGGUCUCAGCUUCAUCAAUCAGCUCCUCCUGAAGGGUGACGCAGCCUCCUGGAAGCCCAUGCCCCUCUCUGAAAGGACACUGGGCUGUAAGAGUGUCCUCAGCAAAGCUCCUCAAUCUCCUCCAGGCAUUAAGAUGAACUCCUAUGAGUUGCUGCCCUCAGCUGUGGACAGGAAAACACUUCUCAAGUGUUACUGCAACCUGAACUUCGACCCCACCACGGCCAGCGAGGAACUGUUCCUGUUCAAGGAGACCCACUCGGUGCUGAACCUGGGCAUCCUUCUGGAGCCCUUCGCCGCGGGCGGCCCCUUCCCCGGCUUUAAGCAGUGGCCGCAGGUGCUGUGCUCGCGCGGCCUGUCCGAGGGCCGCCACUACUGGGAAGCCGAGGUGUCCAACUCGUGGGUGUGCCUGGGCCUCACCUACCGCCGCAGCCCCCCACUCGGCGGCCGCCCGCGCCGCAACAUCGUCUACCUGCUGGGCCGCAACCCGUACUCGUGGUGCCUGGAGUGGGACUCGCUCAAGUUCUCCGUGUGGCACAACAACACGCAGACGGUGCUGCACGGCGGUUACCACCGCACGCUCGGCGUGGCGCUCGACUGCGGCACCGGCUGCCUCUCCUUCUACGGCGUGGCGGGCGGCGUGAGCCUGCUUUACCGCUUCCUCGUCUCCUUCCUGGAGCCGCUCUACCCCGCGGUCAUGGUCAGCAGCGGCGCCUCGGUCACGCUCAAGCAGCGCCCCGAGGCGGAGGCGUAGGCGGCAGCCAAUAA